UUCAGCCUGACAGAUUCGCCGGUAAAACACCAACGUUCAGAAAGAAUCUGCGUCAUUAAAAUAAUAUUUAUAUUUUGUUGUUGCCGUCUAUAGGGCGCCAAUUAUAAAAUAAUGUAUUCACUGUGUUAAAUAUUCAUGUUUUGCUAUAGUCAUAAUGCGUUUUAGUAUUAGACCUCGGCCAGCAGAGAAAACUGUCAUCAUUGCAGCGCUAAAUCAUAUCGCAGAAAUAAUUGAGUCACGUAGUUCACGUACCGGCGGAUUGAAUCGGAAGUGAUCUGAGAGGUGACGUGUGAUUCCCUGGAAAUACACAUAACACAAACACGGCCGAUCGCAUCAUUACAACAAGAGAGCACUAACAGAACAACAUUUCCUGCGGAACCGGUUUCAUUCAUCAUGAAAGUUUUCAUGCUGUUGGUGUCUGUGCUCGCCAGCGUCCACGUGACUACAGCAGAAUCAGCUGCGCACAGGUGUUUCUGCCAGGUCACUGGGACCCUGGAUGACUGUGCAUGUGAUGUUGAGACCAUUGACAGAUUCAACAAUAAAGACAUCUUUCCCAAACUGCAAAAACUGCUUUCAUCUGAUUAUUUCAGGUUUUACAAGGUCAAUCUAAACAACCCUUGUCCAUUCUGGAGUGAUCACAGUCAAUGUGGACUCACGUAUUGUGCUGUGAAAUCAUGCACACCAGGUGAGGUACCUGAGAGCAUUAAGUCCAGCAGUUAUAAGUAUUCAGAGGAAACCAGUCAGGAUGUAGAAGGAUGUGACGUGACUGAGAAACUUGGAGCUGUCAAUGGUUCCCUAAGUGAUGAGACGCGUCAGGCGCUCAGUGAAUGGAAGAAACACGACGACGAAUCCGACCGCUUCUGCAUGUUAGAUGACGAAGACUCACCGCAGUCACAGUAUGUUGACCUCCUGUUGAACCCUGAGCGUUUCACUGGUUAUAAAGGACCAGAGGCGUGGCAGAUAUGGAACAGCAUAUAUGAGGAGAAUUGUUUCAAACCGUAUUCAGUUAAACGACCACUGAAUCCUUUGGUGUCCAACAGCGGAGACAUUGACUGUCAGGGAUUCCACCGCUGGCUUGAGGGUUUGUGUGUUGAAAAACGAGCUUUCUUCAGACUAAUAUCAGGACUUCACGCCAGUAUAAACAUACACCUCAGUGCCAGAUAUCUUCUAGAUGAGAACUGGUUCGAGAUGAAGUGGGGUCACAAUGUCUCUGAGUUCCAGGUGAGGUUUGACAAAGAGCUGACAAAAGGGGAGGGGCCAAAGAGACUACGGAACCUUUACUUCCUGUACCUCAUUGAGUUGCGUGCUCUGGCAAAAGUCCUCCCUUAUUUUGAGCGGCCCGCUUUUCAUUUGUACACCGGCCAGUCUGUGCAGGAUGCAGAAAACAAGAACAUGCUUUUAGAGCUCCUCCAAGUGGCAAAAUCUUUUCCGCUGCAUUUUGAUGAGACCACACUAUUUGCGGGAAAUAAGAAAGAAGCUUUGAAACUAAAAGAGGACUUCAAGCGUACAUUUAAGAACAUUUCACGCAUCAUGGACUGUGUUGAAUGUUUUAAAUGCAGACUUUGGGGCAAAUUGCAGACACAGGGCCUGGGAACAGCCCUCAAAAUCCUGUUCUCAGAAAGGCAAAUAGAGGCCAUGCCUAACACAAGAAAUAGCAGUCUGUCUUUCCAGCUGAGUCGCCAGGAGAUUGUCUCCCUGUUCAAUGCCUUUGGAAGAAUCUCCACAAGUGUCAGAGAGUUGGAGAAUUUUCGGUCGUUGUUGUCAGCGCUGAAACAGUGACUGAAAAAGUCAACCCUAAUGGAUUAUGACACAGCUUUCGCCCCCAGGAUGAAUAAAUGAUUGUCUUAAGAGUCGUUUGUACUUUAUACACCGUUCAACCUCACUGAAGUUGAGCAGUUUAGUCUGAAUCUGUUGCUAGGAAUCGUUCUACAGAACAUAGAAAUGUGUUUUGUGAAAUAUUGCUUAGGAAGUAUUGAACAGGUAAACAAAAACUACAUGGAACUACAAGCUCCAAUGGAAAUACAUAAAUAAAAUCUAGUGCAAAAUGGUUUACAAAAGGGAUUUUUAUCAAAGUCAUUUGUAUAUUUUGCAGAUGUACAGUUACAAUUUCUUUUCAUAAAUGAUUAUUUAAGUCAUGUUAAGUUAUGAACAUAUGGAUUGCAUUUUCAUGAUUUGCAUUUUAUGAAUGGAGCACUUUUGUUUUGGAAUAUUGUUGUUCAUUAACACUUUUAAGUUAGGUGUGCUCAUGUUUAUUGUUUCUGUGUGUUAGAGAGGUUUGGCUGUGUUUAUAUAUGUAAACACAGCCAAACCUCUCUAACACAAAAAAUCUAAAAAUCUUAAUCCAACAGGUCAGAAUUAUAAAGUGCUGAAUAGGCAACUGUAAUAUUUUUCGUCUUGGCCGUGGACCUCAGAUUCACAAGGAACUCUGGCCUAAUUCCUGCUGUUUCCAAGGAUCCAAUGUGACUUAACCAAUGCAAAUUCAAUUGUGGCCAGAAGUUCAGCCAAGAAACAAACUCAAUUAGACUUGGGUUCUCAAGAGAAACGAACACUGGUGUUUUGAAGCAAAAAACGCUGGAGAAGACACAGGGAUGUUUUAAUUCUACAGUUAAUCAUACACUUGAAAAUAGUCUUUAACAUUUCACAAAUGUACACAAUAAUUUUGAAUUAAAGGGAUAGUUCACCAAAAAGUAGAAAUUAUUUCAUCAUUUACUCACCCUCUUGGUUUUUCUUACCUGUAUGACUUUCUUUAAUUUGAAGAAUGUUGGUUACCAAAAACCGUUGGUCCCCAUUGACUUCUAUUGCACAGUCACAAAACCAAUGCAAGUCAAAGUGGACCAAUGGUUCUCUGUUACCAACAUUCUUCAAAAUAUCUUCGUCUGUGUUCUGCAGAAGAACGAAAGUCAAACAGGUUUGAAAUGAGAAGGUGAGUAAAUAAUGACAGAAUUUUAAUUUUUGGGUGAACUAUCCCUUAAUGCUUUGAUGUUUGGACUUUUGUAGUGAAAUUUCUGAGGGUUUUUAUUUUUACAAUUUUGUCUUCAAUAUAUUACACAACUGUCAUUAAGAAUUACAACAUGAAACACAAUAAGACAAAUCAACUUUUUUACUAAAACAGUGCAAUAAAACUUUUAUUUUUGAAAUGGUA